AUGCAACAAAUGCCUCAAGCACGUAGAGCAAACUUCAUCACCAUCGCGCCAUCACUAUCCCGUCGUCACCAUCAUCGUCGCCAUCUCUUUCACCGCUUCAUCUCAAACUCACAAACGCAACCAAAAAGAAACGAAAUCAACGUCGUCCACCACUCCUCUUCCAAGCGUGGCACUCAAAUGCAACCAGCUGAUCCCGGUGACCUACCUCCCCCCCCGCUCCGACGAGACAUCGCUGGAAGGCCUCCGGCGCCUCAACGAAACGCCACGCCCGUUCCGCAAAUCCGUUUGGCUACAACCUAA